AUGGCUCAGAUUCCCAUCACGAUGGCGUCCGAUAUGUUCAACGAUGCUUGCCCGCUAUCAAAACGACGCAAGUUCACACCACCACAAUUCAGCAUUAUUCCUUCCGAAACCAACAGUGACAUUGCUCAUCAUACAUUCGGCUCUCCAGUCCUGGCGCAGCUGUCCGCUCAAGCUCCGUCGCAAGCUGAGAUUGAGGCAUCUCUACUCCAAGUCGGCAUGCGCGUCCGCAAGUCUGUCGCCGAUGGCUAUCAGUCUCCUCAGAAGAAACCCUUCACACCUCACCCUUUCAGCAACCGCCUUGCUCGGCUCUCGCCAGAGACACAGCAGGCUUUGAUGGCUCGAAGCAAGCCCGUGGAUCCCGAACCAUACUCUGCUGGUAGUCUGCACAAAGUUGGCGGCCUUGCGAUGCAGCCCACAUCGACUGCGACUUUCUGUGGCAUCAACCUUGCUGUUCUGUCUCAUUACAGCGAAGAUCGCACCAACGAAAUCUCACAACAGAGCUUGUGGUCGUACACGACUAGCUCCAAGCGAGGAUACGAGGGUGAUUCCGAUAGCGACGAAAGUCAGGACUGGCAACCUGACACACCGACCUUGCAUCCUGACGCAGGCGAAAGCUUGCCGAUUGACUAUUUCAACAUUGGGACAGAACAGAUGGUCGAUGUCUCGUUCAUGCAGACCGGUAACAGGUCUCAGCAGAACGCUCGUGGCCGGAAGGUCGCGCAACCAAAGUCUCGUCUUCGACCGCAAAGAGCAGAGAUGCAGGACAUGCCCAUGCCGCCAUCUGUAUUCAAUCCCUUCGAGAACUUUGGGAUGCAGCCCCAAUCUCAGCAGUUUGAGUUUGUGCCCGAGAAGUCGCACUGUCAUCGACGGAUGAUGUCGAUUGAGGUUGCUGCCAACAUGACGGACUUUGAAGAUGCAUCAUUUCUGCAACCGCAAGGGGAUAUCGACAUGGAUUGCUCGUAG